AAAAUAAUAGGCCGAAAGCUCUAACAACCUGCAGAAGACUCGUGCCGAGAGAGAAGUUUCCGGCAGACGGACUGACGAUCACAUCGCAUAUCCCCGAGUUAGCAUCCGAAUUUCGACCCAUUCCUUCUUCCUCCUCCCUCUCCAGCCUUUCACCGCGAGAUAUCGUGUCGUCGUGCGGCACAUUGCAAGCAAUGAAGAGCCAAGUGCUGAUCUCGCGGUCGGCGAGCUUUCGGCCGGAGACUCUCGGGCAGAACGCCCUCCAUCUCAUUGGCAACCUCUGCUUCUCCCUUUUUGUCGUAGGCGUCCUCACCUUCACAAUCAUCGCCGCGACCUACAAGCCCGAAGAUCCUCUUCUCCAUCCAUCCGCCAAGCUCACUUCCUUCCUCACCUCGACAUCCAAUGCCACCUUGCGCUCCGACGAUUCCGCUGCUCACACCGGCGACGACUUCCUCUCACCCAAUUCCACCCUGGACUCCGCAGCCAUUACCCUUUCCCACAUCAACAAUUCCACCAAAACCUCAUCGCUGGACGCCACGGACUCUGCGGGAGAUGAGGCGACCGAGCCUGCUACUUCACUUAUUUGUGCCGACGGACCGGUCGACUGCACCGAUACCGAGGUCUUCCACACAAUGAUGCGCGCAGCCAUCGAAAAGUUCCGCAGCAUUCACUUCUAUCGCUUUGGAAAGCCGGCGCGCGGCGGCGACGAUGGCAUGUCCUGCGAUAUGGCAUGGCGUUUUCGCCCUGAGGGGGCAAAGCGUGCCGGCUUCUAUAAAGAUUACCGCCGGUUCGAUGUCAGACGAUCUGCCAACUGCACCUACUCCGUCGUGAAAAUCGGCGAGUAUCACACCGGCAUCAACGCUCGCAAGAAGCGCAAGACAACCCAAGGCGGCAAUUUCAGAGCCAAGGACGCUGCUGAUUCGCUUUCCGGGAUGAUCGUGCCGGUGAUCGGUGAGGCGGUGAACGAUACCCUUCCAGUUGUGGAGUCCGAGAACAAGUUCAGCAGCGGCAAGUACUUGAUUUAUACUGGCGGCGGCGACCGCUGCAAGAACAUGAACCAUUACCUUUGGAGUUUUCUAUGCGCUCUAGGGGAAGCUCGGUACUUGAACCGUACACUUGUCAUGGAUCUUAGUAUGUGCCUCAAUUCCAAGUACAGUUGGAGCAAUCAGGAUGAGGAGGGGAAGGAUUUUAGGUUUUACUUUGAUUUUGAGCAUCUGAGAGACUCAGCCUCCAUCCUUGACCAGCUCCAAUUUUGGGAGGAUUGGAAUAAGUGGCAGAAGAAGGAUAAGCUGAAGCUUUAUCUGGUGGAGGACUUCAAGGUCACACCCAUGCAGCUGGUUGACGUGAAAGAUGCUUUGAUCUUGAGGAAGUUUGGGACUGUUGAGCCGGAUAACUAUUGGUACAGGGUUUGCGAGGGAGAGACUGAAUCUGUGAUUCAGCGGCCGUGGAACCUAAUUUGGAAGUCCAGAAGAUUAAUGGACAUAGUUGCAGCUAUAGCUUCGAGAAUGAAUUGGGAUUAUGAUGCAGUUCAUAUAAUAAGAGGGGAGAAGGCAAAAAACACUCUACUCUGGCCAAAGCUUGCUGCGGACACUUCACCUGAUGCUCUGCUUUCUGCUCUCAGUGAAAAAAUUGAUGAUGGAAGACACCUUUAUGUUGUCACUGAUGAGCCCGAUACCUCUUUCUUUGACCCUCUGAAGGAUAGGUACACCACUUACUUCCUCAAUGAUUUUAGAGACCUGUGGGAUGAGAACAGUGAGUGGUACCUCGAGACGAUGAAGCUGAACAGUGGGGUUCCCGUUGAGUUUGAUGGGUAUAUGAGGGUGGAGGUGGAUACUGAAGUGUCCCUGAGGGCUAAGAAGCAGAUUGAAACCUUCAAUGAUCUCACAAGCGACUGCAAAGAUGGUAUCAAUACCUGCAGAAUGGCUUCUUGAUUCUUGAUGGACAUAAGAUGGAUUGGUAUAACGGUUGAAGAAAUGGAGCGAAUUGUAGCAAGAAACUGACCUCUGAACUGGCGCCUAGGAGCCAACUUCUGGCGACUAAGCGGCAGAAUCCAGAGACUCCGGCGCUUAAGCAUUGCAUAUUGGUGCCUAGGCGCCAGUUCAAAAUGCUAGCCGACAGAGGGAGUUGGGCGCCUAGGCUCCAGAACUGUAUGGACAGUUUUUCCGACAGUUUUUCACAUGAUUUGGAGGUUUUUCUUGGGGGAUUCAUGGCAGAAACGAGAGGAGAACAUUAGAGAAGUCCAGGAAGCAUAGAGCACUACAGGUAAUUGAAACAAAAGUGAGAGAUUUUCUUUUCUUUCUUGUAUUUUACUUUGAAAUCUGUGAGAGGUGUGAGGAAUUGUUGUAAGGUUGCAAGGAGAACACUUUGGGGCGAAGUUCUUCAUUUCUCA